GCACUUUAAUUCAUUCACUCUCUCUCGCCCUUCCCCGAAGCCCUAUCCCUCUCGUCCCACUUUCCUUUCUGUUCAGCACCCAACCUCCUCCUCCAUCUCCGAACCGAACCGUCCUCUUCUUCCUUCUCCGCCUCAGACCAGAACCCGACCCUUCUCCGGCUCUUCCCCCAAACCCUAUCCCUCUCUCUCCCCCGUCCUAAUCGAACCAAAACCUCAAAGCCCCAAAAAACGAAUUCGCAGAGAUCUCUUUGUGGGUCAUCUCCAAGGUGCAACCUGGCGUUGACUCAUCAGAGGAAGGCGAAGAAUAUGGUGGCCACGGUGAGCCCACGCCGGUGGUCGAAGAUCGGUGACAGAGGAGAGAGUCCUCCAGAUCCACUUUCUCUGUCCUCCCUCUCUCUUUAGUAUGUGCUUUGCUCUCUUCCUAGCUUUAUAAAGGGGGCCAUUCAGCACCAAAUUCUUAUUCAUUCUCUGACUCACUUCUUCUUCUUGUUCUUAACAAAGAGAAAGAUUGAAAAGAUUGAUUUUGAAUCAAAGAUUUAGGAAUGGCUUCGAGAGUCGUUGAUCAACAACAAGCCAGAGGUAUUGCUUUCUGAUUCUGAUUGGGGGUUUUGUUGUUCUUGAUGAUUGUUCAUCUGAUUUGUGAAAUGAAAUGUUCAUAACUGGGUGAUUUUGAUGAAAAGGCUUAAUCUUUAGACUUUGUGUUUGUGUAAUUGCAUAACCCAUGUUGAGAAAUCGUAGAUUCUAAUGGUUCUUGGUGGCUUUUUGGUUUAAAUUUUGCAAGAAAUUUUCUUAUUUGGUUUCUGGGUGUGGAUAGUUCUCCCCUGAUAUGAUUAAUUGAGGCUUACCCAUGUUGAGAAAUCAACUAUUCUGAUUAUUCUUGGUGCCUUUUAGUUUGAAAUUUGUAUGAAAUUUUCUGAUUUGUCUUCUGGGUUUGGUUAACUUUUACCCAAUAUGGUUAAUUGAGGGGCUUAAGGUUUAGAUCUAAAACGUUGUUCUGUUAUGGGCAUUUACCUUGAUUGGUUUUAGAAAGUUUCAGAAAAUGUUCACCAAAACCGAUUGGAAGAUCCCAAAUGAUGAAAAAAUCAUACCUUUUCAAUCUUUUGCUUUCUGCUUUCCAUAUUUGAACAUCGAAAUACAUGUAUUAUGACAUUUCUUUUCAAGCUCGUAGCCUUUUUACAAAAUGGUUAGUUGCUUUACCUCACAGCAAUAUCGUAUUCUUCCUUAGAGAGACUUCAUCCGGGUCUGUGGGAUUUUUUAGGUUGCAUUUUGCAAAACAAAAGGAUGGGUAUAGAGAAGAUAUAUUUAGUAAUUAUGACGAUGCAAUAGAGGAUACACAUAAGGCUCAUCCGUUUUAAGUCUUACCAAAAUACAUCAUUACAACUCCAUAAAAAAUUCCAGAUAAUCUUUUACUUCAGAUAACAAAGGUACAGAAAAGAGGGCCUUCAUGAUGCCUCUUUUAAAUCUGGGCUUCCAGCCUCUGAUAUGUGAAAGAUGCUUAAAAUAGUUAUACUUAAAAGACUUUUGAUCAAGAAAAGUUGAACAAAUUGGCGACUUCAUUUAUCUUGGGAGAGGGUAGAAUUUUAGAGAGCUGGCAUUGUUAUUGUUUUUAUUGCUGUAAUUUGUUUGUACAUCUGGUGAUACAUUCAUACCUUCCUCUCUAUCUAAUAUAAGUUUUAUGAACUUAGAUCCCUUGACCGUUGAGUACAUGGAGUUGCACCUCUUCUGGCUUUUUAGUUUUGUGAAGUAUUAUUAUUCAUCACCUUUAGCUGUGUUACAAUAGCCUAGAUCCCUUUUAUGGUUCUGUCGAUCUUGUUGUGUGGCCUUUUAGUAUGAUUAACCUCUUCUAAAAUAGUCUUUUACAAAAGCGGUAGAGCUUCUGAUUGUUGUUUCUAUGUUGUUACCCCCUGGUUCUUUUAUUGCAGAAGUGUCAGACAAAGUGGCCAGCAAGGGAAUUUCAAUAGUAAGUUAUUUGCCUGAUGUUCAUCUUUAAGGAAAUUUUGUACUAUCUUUAUCUAAGAAUGGGGGAAGGAAAAAAUAGGAUGGAAUACUUUUGAGGGGGUAUUCUCAGUGGCGUGUAAUCUCAGUCACAAUUGAUCAAAAUGUGAAUUGGUUAAUGCACAGAACUUUUGAGGGGGUUUUUCAGCAUGGUCACAAAGGAAGACAAGGAGAUACUCGAGAAGAAGAUGCAUGGCAUGGCUGUAGUGAUUGAGAAAUUGGAAAGCAGUAGACAAAAGCUUUUAAUGGAGAUUGAUUCCCAAUCUUUGGAGAUAGAAAGGCUAUUUGAGGAAAACUCUAAUUUAUCUAGUUCUCUUCAGGAGGCUAUGAGUAUAGCUUUGCACUCAGAGAAUCUGGUGAAAGACUAUCUUAAGCAAAAUGAAGUGCUCCGAGGAAUCUUAGAUAAGUUAAGAACUGACCAGGCCAGGGGGUUGCUCGACUCUCAUCAUAAUGGCUCUAACAAGACUGGUUUAGCGGAAUAUACACCUAAAGUUCUCUCUAUCAAGGAUCAACUUGCAAAAGAACAGAGCAAAGCAGAGGCAUUAUCAGCUGUUGUAUAUGGAGGAGUUUAGAAGACUUCAAUCUUAUUCUUUUCUUUUGCUGUUGUAUAUGGAGAAGUUUAGGCCAUACGUCCCCUUCUUCCUACUCUUUGUACUCUUUUUAUCAAUAGUAUUAAUGAGAAUUUUCUUUGCUUACCA